AUGUCUGGAUACGGUGACUCCCGAAGCUGCUACAAGUGCGGCGAACCCGGCCACUUGAGCUACGAUUGCCCCAAGGGCGGCGGCGGUGGCGGACGUGGUCGUGACGGCGGAUCCUACGGCUCUGGUGGCGGCGGCGGCUACGGCGGUGGUGGCUAUGGCGGCGGUGGCGGAGGCUAUGGCGGUCGCUCCCAGCGCUGCUACAACUGCCAGGAGGAGGGCCACAUCAGCCGAGACUGUCCCAGCGGCGGAGGCGGCGGUGGUCGUGGCGGAGGCGGCGGCGGUGGAUCCACCUGCUACAACUGCGGCGGCGAGGGCCACUUCAGCCGCGAGUGCACCGAGCCCCGCAAGGAGCGCGGUGGUGGUGGCGGCGGCCCCCGUGGCAACUGCUACAACUGCAACCAACCGGGCCACUUUGCCUCCAACUGCCCUGGCGGCGGCGGCAACUGA